AUGUUUGGUACUGGACAACCAACAUCAUCGACAGCGCAACCAGCAGGUGUUAAUAUUGCCAUAGAAUCCGGUUCCGAGUGGGAGAUUCAGGAAAUCGGUUUUGAUGGAAUUGAAAAAUAUAUGCGACCGCUGGAUUAUUCUGAUCAUGUAGCAAAAUUAGCUCGUAAAGUGGAUUGGAGAAAAUUGAUCGGAGCAGAAGCUACAUACGAUAAUCCAGAUGCGUUGCCACGUGAUGAUGGCGAAGAAGUUGAAGAGAAGGAACCCGAAGAAGUGGUAAUUGGAAUGGAAGAUCGUAAAACCCCAGAAGCUGGACCAUGGCAUAUUGUUGCAAAACGCUUACACGAAGCACUGCAACAAGUAAAUGUUCUGGUAGAUACGAUUUCGGUAUUAAAAACACCAUAUAUGGAAGCACUAACAGUUGCGGAUGCAUUUGAAGCACAGCAUAAUAUGCAAGAUAUGAUACAGCAAUCCAAACAAUUUCAAUGGGUUACAAGGCGUAAAGCUCUUGGUGAAGCGAUUGGCGUUCUAGAACAAGCUCAAAAAUUCCGCUCAAAGCUUCUUACUGAAACUGAUCCUGAUAAAGCGAUGUUUUUUCGUGAACUCGAAAAAAUGAGAGAAUUAUGGAGAGUGAGGAAAACAGGAAAUGUUACUUAUGGCGAUCUUGGAUAUAAAAUGUUCGGGCCAAAAUACAACCCAAAAGAAUUAUUUGAUAUCACUCGACGUACGGGAUCUGGUGGUGAUGGUGGAAAUCUGUCAGCACUAUCGGAGUCAUGUCUGCAAGUUCAAGUGCCAUGUGAUCUGAUUCGCCGCUCUACUAUUGCUGUUUCUAUUGAAAUUGAUAAUGAUGAUCCGAAAACUUUGUUUGCAACUGCCGAAAACGAUUUAGAUUAUAUGAAAGUUGAUAGAGAGCAGGCAAUGAAAGUACAUUGGUCGAAGGCAUUACAAUGGGCACAAGAAAGCUUGUUAUGCCGAGAUAUAUUUAAGCAGUUAUGUAAAGAUGCUGUUAUUCUGCAAGAUCAUAUAACAGUAAUUCGUGAUGGUGUAUUGAUAGCUUCAUUAUUCGAUAAUAUUUUGUUGCGAGUAGAGUUGGCAUUUCAUCCAUUUGAAGAUGGUCCUUUACCAUCCAUAGGCGACGAUUAUUUGAACCGCGCCCUUCGUCAGUUAUUUUUAAGUGAUCUAUGUGCACGGAACAUACGUCAUCAGACAUUUGUAGCUAUGCCAUUAUCGACAUUACCGAACACGCUUGAUUUACGAGGACCGUAUGCUAUGACUGAUGAAGAGAUUGGAUCUCGUUUAAGACAAAAGCGCACUUUGCUGGAACGAUUGCUUUUAUUGUCAUCUCAUUUCGUUUUAACAAAUCGGGUUACAACUUCAUUAAAGCGAUAUUUGCUUCGUGUUACAGAUCCUCAGGUUAUGUGGAAAUGGCUUCGUGCUACACCUGUUCAGUCUUCAAUUAUUGUUACAGCAUCCAAUAGGAAUUAUGAUUAUGCCGGAAAAACAACAUUUUAUAUACGAAUUGGUGCGGAGAAUUUUUAUAUUGCAACAAAAGAAGGUCAGAAUAUCGAAUGUAGAAGAGAUGACGAAAUGCUCAUUUAUACGAUUGACAUGCUGAUUUGUAAUUAUAUGUUAAAUACGGUAGCAAUGAUAGCUAGUAAACUAUGGCAAUGGCAAGUACUUCAUGCAAAUAUUAAUGCAACAGAUGAUCGAGCAGAACCAAGUCCAACUGUUUACAUGUGCAAUCAGAGUGCUACUCGUGCAAUUUUUAUGCAGUUUCAUCUGAAUGAACCGCCAACAAUUCGUGUCCGAAAAUGUUCACCAAAUAAACCAGCAUCUGCUGAACAACCGGGAGAAUUUCUAGUUCUGAAUUACGACCGAUUGGUAGGAUCGUCACUGUGUCGGAAAAUAGAUAAUUUAUGUUCCAUGUUAAAGAGUUAA